GCAUAAUGUAAUAAUACUGGAGUGAACAAAGAUUUGAUGCAACAAAAUUUCAAACAGGAAUAAAUUGGUUGGAGGUCCACUAGGUGAACUCCAAAGAGCUUUUAUCUUUGACAAUUUUUUUGGUCUCAUUAUUGUCAACUGAUCUUUCUUUCCUUUUGAUAUAGGUAUCCAUCACAGCCAUGGGAGCAGAAAGUAGCAAGAAUAUACGUAAGGAAUAUUUUUCUGGUGAAGAGCGUCAGCGUAUUUUACAUACUAUACAGAAACUUUCCAAAGGAGGUGAUGUGGUUGCUGUUGCUUCAUUAGAGAAACAUAUCACCAAUCACUUGAAUGCAGAAAUGGCAACAAAAUUUGUAGGACUUCUGCUGAAAGGCAAGAACACUUCAACUUUACCAAGUUCAGUGAUACUGGACAAUUUGGGACCUCUUCUCAAAGGCACAAUGGAUGAACAUAUUUUCCUAACACUUACGUUAGCUGGUGGAGGCCAAGAAGGCAUUGAGUAUGAUCGUAUAAUUAAGGUAAUGUAUGAUGUGAACUUGAAUCCUCAUGAGGGUGGAUUAUUUAUAGCUUCCACAAAUAAAGUGAUAAAGCACUAUGUUUGA